CUCGCGGGACAAGUUUUGCUCCGCGAGAGAAGCCUGCUUCUCUCGUGAGCGCCGCAUCUCGCAUUGCGCGUUCCUCAGUUGCUCGGCACAGCUCUCUCCCGCGCCUCGACGCGACAACCAUCUCUCCGAGACCUCCCUCUCGUGCGAGAAACGAGUUUACUUUUUUCUCUUUGCCCAUCUUCGGGAACCUAGCGCAGAGAACGCGCGCGCGCGUGUUGCCGGCUCAACGACAUCGACGACAACAAACAACGUUCGGCGGAUUUUUCUUUCCUCCCUUCUUGGCUGUCUGUAUAGUCGACGACAACGUUGUUCGUGUCUUCUGAGCGACGGAAACAUGGCCCGGAUCGCUCUAUACCUGGUGGCCGUGAUGCUCGCCGUUGUCUGCUUUUCGGCGCUCGCUAGCGCCGACCACCACGAGCCCAAGAAGCACCGCUCGGAGAAGAAGGCGCACAGCGAGCUGGAAGGCAGCGAGACCUGGCGCAAGCUGCACAAGUCCAACAAGCACAGCAAGGAACGCUUCCACCACCACGAGAAGCACGGCGGCGAGAAGGAGGUGAAGGACAUUCAGAAGCACGCCCUGGGCUCGGUAUCCCGACACGAGGCUAGCCUGCAAGGAGAUACCCUGGUCAACCACCGGGCGGCGCACAGCAAGCGCCAGCGGGACCCGCACAGCACCGACAUCCAUCUCCAGGAUCUCGCCCACCCCGCCGGACAGCACCACGGUCGGGGCGGCGCAGGAGGACAUGCCCAGCCGCACCACGAGAGGCUGACGCACGCCAGCAAGCCGUCCAAGCACUCGGAGUCCAAGCGGAGCCACGACAAGCCACAGCACGAGCGCCACUACACGGUGUCGAUGCCAGUCCGCUCGGGUCACCAGAUCCACCGGCCCGUGGCGCACCACGUCAAGGAGGCUGAAGAGUCGCCGCGCCCUUACCGCCUGCACACCAACAGCCGCGCUCGGGCGGCACUGCGCUAUGCCAAGCAGAGCCGCCGCGUCCACAAGGACUUGGGCAAGGAGCGCAAGUUCAAGAAGGCCUUCGAGAAGAAGCAGCAUUCCAAGCCCCACUACCUCUGGUAAAAGGGACGACCACAUCGCAGGAUGCAGGGGGGAGGGGGGGGGGGGGGGGGGUAUGACCCCAUGCCCCCCCUCUUACGCCAACCGGAGAGGGUAAAAGGGGCCGCACUGGACUGAAACAUGCAAGGUGACAUGCACGUAAUAAUGACAGCUAACGCAACGACAUCGACACCUUUUUGCAACAGGAUUGCACGUCAUUGCCAGUAGGACUAAUAAAAGUUAAAGCACUUGUGCAUCCAGUGGCUCCAGUCUGAAAACUGUGCCCCGGCGCCCUCUCGCGCCGCUUGCAAAAAGUUUUGAAGACAAAGGCUUAUGGACCUUUCCAGAGCACUGCGUGCCAUCACAUGCAGCCAAUGACAUAGGCACUGCCCAGCACAUAGUGUUGCAAAAGUCAUAAUGCUCGAACACACCUGCUAGACGGUGCGAAAAAUUGCAUGCUGCCGUUGUGCAUUUAAUGUAAUGUGCACAGUAAUAAAUGUGUUCAUGGCCAAUAUGCACAAACAAGGCAUUUCUCAUAGCAGUGUAAUGUGUUCAAUGUGGUGGCACCACUGAGUGAAGCUAGUGCAGACCACAGCAAGGCAGCUAUGCAAAGGUUGUCAAUAUCUGAGAACAUGCAGUAAACCAAGUGCAGAUCUUUUCCUUCGCACCGAUGACAUUUUCCUUUCUCAGUUCGGCAAAUGAAGCCUCUCUUCAGAAGCAAGGAGUAUGCAGGCUAAUGAAACGCAUCCCAGGAUAUGGGUGGGAAAUGUCGAGUGUUGUGCUUGUCAUUAUUACAUAGAUGCCACCUGUCGGGGCAACCAGUUACAGUUCUACACAUUACUGACUCCUGCCAUGAGUUUCCAUAGGCAAGAUUCAAAACGUGUCCUAGAGCACUCCGUCAUCCUCUGGGUUGCCAGCAUAGCUCAGCAGCCUUGAGGGGAAGCAUGUUCCCCAGUGGGGCCUGAAGUGGGCAAGCAUAAAUUAAUUCAACCGCAACGGGAGCGCAUUUGUCUCAAAAAGCUUCAGUUAUGAAGCACAUUUUCAUGGUGGAAUGUUGUCUUCUAACGCGACCAAUUCUGUAGUGCCCUGUCUUCUUUGCUGUGACCAUGAUGGACAUUCUACUUUGAAUGCAGUGAUAAAAUCGGCAACAAGGAACGUGAGGUCACAUUUAAUGCCCCUUAGGUUGCAAACUAUGAACGUAAGUUCAUUACCAACUUAUAAGCAUGGAUAUUGCUAGAAGACCCCUGGGUGUGCAGAUUGGGCUGAUAGAAAAGUUCAAAAGUGCAUUUAAAAGCAAAUUUAGUAAUACUGCCUCACUGUGGCUGACUUUAGUUAGCUGCACAGGAUGACAGAACGUCUGCUUGCAAUGUGCCGAGAAAAACAUACUAGGCUUGUUAGUCGAAAAAUUUUUUUGUCAUGGAAGUUGCACCAUGCUUAAUGGUGCGAAAUCGUGAUCAAACAACUUGUGCCAACACUGCUGCAUGAUCAAAUGAUAGAAACAUGUUUAAGGAAGAGUGGCCUGGCUACCGAUAUGCAAGAGUUAAAAAAUUUGCUCCAUUUAAACAUGCAAAAGUUGUCCAUUUGCAGCUUCUGGAUACACUAUCGGGGGCAAACAAUUUUUCAAUUGUCUUUGCAACCUCUUAAAGUGAGUGACAGCUAAGUCGGUAAUACUUUUAUGGCUGGAGCUAUAAAAAAGAAAACUGCCUGUGAGAUGAAGUCACAUAUGCAUUCAGCAAUGUUGAGAUAUCAAGCAUGUUACUUAAUUGUACACAAAAGACUGUUAAGGAUGCUUCCAGCAGCACGCUCAUUUCACCUGCGCACCUUUGUUUUUUCCGCAACCCAAAGCUGUUCAUUGGAACGCCGCUAAGUGUUGGAGAAAGUUGCUGCUUGCAUGCUGUUAAUUUUUGUGCACACUGAUGUUGAUUAUAACCAGCAUAUGCUUGCGUUGCUUAGAAUGUUUUGUACACAGUGCAGGUAGCUUGUGCAAAUUGACAGUUGUUGCUGUAUAACUGUAGUGCUAAAGUUAGGGCAAAAGCUGUAUAUUUUCAAUUUAGGGCUUCCUAAGGGUUUCCUGCCAGUGUUGAAACCUUGGUUCCUUGUACUCUAGCAAACGAUGUUAACACUAUGUUGCCCAAACAGACUUACUAAAGUUUAAGAUUACUUUUGCUGAACGCGUUGCGCAGUCUGUUCUCUGCUCAAUUACCAAGAAACAGCCUGCUUACAAUGUUAACACGGUUUACUUGUUGAGACAGUGCAGAAGCAUUUCAGUUUACAAAGAGACUUCUUUAUUCAAGUUCCCCAUGAUUACUGCCAAUGGCCAGACAUCGUACCGACAUGCAUAAUACAUGCAAUGUAUCGGCAAAGGCCGUCGUGCUUGCUUGUCUUCGCUAAAGGCAAAACACCAUGUUGCAAUUCUCGACAUUGGAAAGACAUUGCAGAAGCGUUCCACAAUACCCUGAGGCUUCUCUUCUCUCCAAGUUCCAGCUGGUUAACAACGGCCAGGCAUUCGUAAGGACACAUGU